CAUCCAGAUCGGACUGUUGCGCUGAUGCGUCCCUUGUAUGGGAGGAAAUAUUAUCAAGUUUGACACCGACUCUUUAAGUUUUACUUGUAGGCAACGUUAGCCUACGUUUUUGAGCCGAAACAGGUGGACGGCAUUUUCCUGUAAACCCUGGUGCGCAAAGAAACCAUCCAAACAUGUCCAUGGAGCGUUCUUCAUCUGUGCACAGGUUUAGGAACUCCAUGCACAGACGAGUUGUCCAACUUGUCCAUCGACGACGUAGAGGAUGCGGAGCUGGCGGCCUACACUAUGCGGGACAUGCCGCCUCGCAUGGGUGGCAGCGGCGGGCACACCUUCCCCCGGGACAUCCCCACCAGGGAGAGUGGCAGCCGGCCCCACACCCCCACCUCCUCUCCCCCGCGCCUCAGCGGCUCCAUGGGCCGCAGCGGACACCUGGACCUGGAGCCCAUCAGCCUGCGCAGGUCCCACAUCAGCUCCCUCAGCUCUCUGGACUCUGGACCCCAAAGCCCCUCGCGUCCCAAAAGCCCCUGGGGCAAGCUGGACCCCUACGACUCUCUAGAGGACCAAGACAAGGAGUAUGUCGGCUUUGCCACGCUGCCAAGUCAAGUGCAUAGAAAGUCUGUGAAGAAAGGUUUUGCAUUCACUCUAAUGGUGGCAGGAGAGUCGGGCCUUGGGAAAUCCACUCUGGUGAACAGCCUGUUCCUGACAGACAUGUACAAGGACAGGAAGGUGCUGAACGCUGAAGAGAGGAUUAUGCAAACAGUGCAGAUCACCAAGCACACAGUCAGCAUUGAGGAGAAGGGGGUCAGACUACGACUGACUAUCGUGGACACACCUGGUUUUGGAGAUGCUGUCAAUAACACAGAGAGCUGGAAGGAGGUGGAGGACUACGUCGACCAGCAGUUUGAGCAGUACUUCAGAGACGAGAGCGGACUGAACAGGAAGAACAUUCAGGACAACCGCGUGCACUGCUGCCUCUACUUCAUCUCCCCUUAUGGACACGGUUUGAGGCCUCUGGACAUUGAGUUCAUGAGAGCGCUCCAUGGGAAAGUCAACAUCGUACCUAUCCUGGCCAAGGCAGACAGUCUCACCCCAGAGGAAGUCAAGAGGAAAAAACAGAAGAUUCGAGAGGAGCUUGAGCAGUUUGGUAUCCGUGUCUACCAGUUCCCUGAAAACGACUCUGAUGAGGAGGAUGAGUUCAAGCAUCACAAUCAAGAGCUGAGGGAAGGAAUCCCAUUUGCGGUGAUAGGCAGCAAUGUGCUGUUUGAGACUAAGGGCCGACGGUUCAGGGGACGCAUGUAUCCCUGGGGUGUAGUGGAGGUGGAGAACCCUGCUCACUCUGACUUCCUGAAGCUGCGUAACAUGCUGGUGCGUACCCACAUGCAGGACCUGAAGGAUGUGACGCGCGAGACGCACUACGAGAACUACCGGGCCCAGUGCAUCCAGAACAUGACGCGCAUGGUGGUGAUGGAGAGGAAACGCAGCCUGUACACCCGGAUGAGAGAGAGCGCCUCUGAGCUUCCCAUCCCCCUGGCUCCGGUGGACACAGAGACAGAGAGACUCAUAUGGGAGAAAGAUGAAGAGUUGCGGAGGAUGCAGGAGGUUCUGCAGAGGAUACAGGAGCAGAUGGAGAUCGCUCACAAAGACACAGGCUUCUAGACACACACACACACACACACACACACACACACACACACACACACACACACACACACACACACACACACACACAUCUGUUCAUGGAAAAGGUUAAGAGGGUGCUAAGCCCCCCACAUUUGGGCUUACAUUGCCCACGGGGACCCCGGUUCGAGUCCGGCCGGGGUCAUUUCCUGACCCUGCCCCAUCUCUCUCUUCCAGUCAUUUCCUGUCUACUCUCACACUGUCCUGUAAUAAUAAAGGCCAAAAAGCCUCAAAACAUACUAAAAAAAGGAAAAGAUUAAGAGGGAGUAAAAAAACAUAAAUCAGUGCCGGGAUGUGACAGUGAGGAGUUGACUGCAUUUGUUUGUGACUCUGAAAUGUGUGUUGCAUUUAUCUGUUAACUGAUCUUAUGUUCAAGCGAACGUGUGCUAUCAGAGAACAUUUAAAUCAUUCAGUCAUUUUUCAUACAACAUAUCUGUAUGAAUGGACAUGUUAUUGUUUUGUUUUUGGUCUAACAUUUUAUUAUUUAAAAUAUGUUUUGUAAUUCAUGUUUUAUUAUUGUUCUAUCAUUAUUCUGUUGUUAGUUCAUUUUAUA